AUGUGUGUUAGCCGUUACCUAGAUUGCGUACAUUAUGGGAGUGAUGAUGAAUUAUGGGCUACAUUGAACUUUGUGGUUGGCGGAGCUGCUGUGAUUGGGGAAACGUGUCCGGGUCAUGCGCUAAAGGACAUCUUUGUUCAAGGAGUAUUUCGUUAUUGCCUCCGUGACAAAGGGGCAAUGGGGUAUGUACCCGCAGACCUAUUAGAUGGCAUGAGGAAUGCUAAGUGCCGGAACAACAUGAGCACUCAUGGACCUUUGACUCUAGGGAUGUUGUUGCCAAACCUAAAAGAGCCAGUUUCUUCUCUUGGUGUCAGCAUAUCUUCAGGCGGGUAUGAUGCAAUUCUUGCUAGGUCCCCAUCAGGAUUUGAGCCUUCAACUUCAACAUGUGUGUGCAACUUAGGUGAAAGACUAGAAAAUGCUCAAAGAUGUCCAAGUGACUAUCUCGACUAUCAUCGUGGAUGGGGUCAUGUUGGCUAUAUAAGUGGCCUUUGGCCUCAUGGUCGAGACGAACCUAGAUGUGGCUAUCCGGGUUUCGAAAUCCACUGCAGAAAUAACUCAUUGCCAUCGAUUAGCUUUGGUGAUGGUGACUACAUCAUCAAUGACAUCUAUUAUCAUAACCAAUCAUGUCACUUGUCUAGAGCUGUUAGUUUUGAUAAAUAUGCCAUUUGCAGUCAUUCGAUCCGUAAUAUAUCCAUUCCAUCCGACCGGUUUUUACUCCCUUCGCUCCAAAAUAAAACGUUUUUGUUCUUCAAUUGCAACCUGUCGUCCUCGCGCGAACUUCCACGGUACAAUAUUCAUUGUGCUGCUAAAAAUGAAAGUAAUGCGACGUUGGCACUGUUUAGUAACGAUCCUAUGUUGAAUUUCGCUUCUGAAUAUUGUGAUACAAGGGUGGUGGUGCCUGUGGCUUUUACCAGCGGAGAGGGAAGUCUUGAAGGCAUACUGAAUAGAGGGUUUAUGGUGGAAUGGAUAGCAAGCAACUGUAGCAUUUGUGAGGCGAGUGGUGGCAAGUGUGGAUUUGAUUAUACUACCUACCAUUUCAAGUGCUUCUGCAGAGAUAGGCCUCAUGCUUGGUACUGUACUCCCAAGAACGAAUCGAGGUUCAACCUGGGCCUGGGACUUGCAGCUUCUUCAAUUGUUGGAAUACUAUUGGUGAUUCUUGCCUUCUACUAUUGUAUAAGAAAAUUCACAUCAGAUAAUAUAGAUGAGAACAUUGAAGCCUUUUUAAAGGAUCAUGAAUGUCUAGCUCCUAGAAGGUAUAGAUACUCAGACAUUAAAAAGGUAACCAACUCAUUCCAAGACAAAUUAGGUAAAGGAGGCUAUGGGGAUGUUUACAAAGGUGAGCUACUUGAUGGAAGACAUGUAGCAGUGAAGAUUUUAAAUAAUUCACAAAGUAAUGGGGAAGAAUUCAUGAAUGAGGUUGCAAGCAUUAGUAGAACUUCUCAUGUCAACAUAGUCACUCUUUUGGGCUUCUGUUUUGAGAGAAAUUGUAGGGCUCUCAUUUAUGAGUUUAUGCCUAACGGAUCACUUGAGAAGUUCAUAUUUCAAGAGAGGAAAGAUCGUCGAUUAAAGUGGGAUAAAUUGUACCAAAUUGCAAUUGGCAUAGCUAGAGGGUUAGAAUAUUUGCAUCGAGGUUGUAGCACGCGUAUUCUGCAUUUCGACAUCAAGCCUCACAACAUCCUUUUAGAUGAUGAGUUUAUUCCAAAGAUAUCUGAUUUUGGUCUUGCAAAAUUGUGUCUCGAAAAGGAAAGUGCCAUAUCCAUGACAGGUGCAAGAGGAACUGCUGGGUAUAUUGCUCCUGAAGUAUUCUCAAGAAACUUCGGGAGAGUGUCUCACAAGUCUGAUGUUUAUAGUUAUGGAAUGAUGGUUUUAGAGAUGGUCGGGGGAAGAAAAAACAUUAGUGUUGAAGUUGAUCGAACAAGUGAAAUAUAUUUUCCAUACUGGAUCUAUAAUCGUAUAGAGUUGGAUGAAGAACUAGGAUUGGAAGAUAUUGAGAGUGAAGAUGAUCAAGAGAGAGCAAGAAAGAUGAUAAUCGUGAGCUUGUGGUGCAUACAAAUUGACCCAUCAAAUCGCCCAACAAUGAGUAGAGUGGUAGAAAUGUUGGAAGGGUUCACCAAUUCGCUCACUAUCCCACCUAAGCCUUUCGUAUCAUCGCCUCCAAGAUCAUAGGCUGCAAACUCCUAAAGUAUUUGGUAUGCUGACAUUGUUGCAUUUGUAUUUGUUCACAAUUUUGGCAAUAUUUAUUAUUGAUGCUGGUGAAAAUAUAUACGUAACAAAUUUAUAAAA